AUGGAGUUGCACAGCUCCGACUUCUCAGAGCUUGAUGGGGACGAAGCCUUCAGCGACAACCGCCAGGAUUCGCAAACACGUGUCCUCAGCGACGAUGAAGACUACAGCUCCGACAGCUCGGAGCACAGCACUGCCGCACGAGCCGCACCUGCUGAGGGCUCGGCGCAGCGGUCUGCAGGCCAACGACCAGGAAGAGCUCGCGGCAUAGGCAGCGAGUCUCUGCGGCCUCUCCGUGAGUCCUCGUACCCGGUAGAGUAUCUUUUUGCACAAACCACGUUGAAGGAGAGGUGCUCAACAGAGGUCAGCACGGUUAAUGAAGAGAAACGCGUGGGUCUGAAAUCGCUUGGUGGACUCGUCAAGUACAGCUCAGCUGAUCUUCUCACCCGGGCGUGGUGCCUGUUCCCCUCGGAGCUGAAAAACCGCGAGUACCCUCUGUAUAGUAAGCUACCAAAAUGCCCUGAAGUGAUGGAAACUCGGUUUGGCGACACAGAUGAGAUAUCCCAAUUCAUGUGCUCCAUCGCUCUUCAGCUUGGAGAGCGUUACCACCGUGUGACGCCCGUAUACCUUCGAUCUCUGCUCGUUCAGGCCGUCGUGCGAGACGAAAUAACAGGCGCGAAUCAGAGUGUUGCGAACAGCACGCCGUACCCGGACGCCCUGCUCGACCCCGCUUGGGAAGGUGAAAGCGCAUGUGCUGAUGAAGCAGAUGAUGUAUCUGGGAAUGAAGCGAGCGACGAAGUACAGGACGAGAAUCUCGAGGUGGAGUCCGCCGUGAGCGCGUUUGAUUUCAGCGUUGCGUUGGUUUUGCCGGUUGUGUCGCAAGGAAUCACGUACGAGAGUCUUCACCUGCUCCACACCUUGGUUGACCGAUGUCUGAGCUCCUCUACCGAGGUGGCAGUGCUGCGAUCCUGGGGCGUUAGGCGGAUCAUGCGUCUGUUGCUUCGUCAAAUGAAUGUGGACGCCGGACAAAGCGUGAACAAGAGAUGGCUUGCGACAGCGAUAUCAUUACUGUCUAAGAUCGUGCUCUCGUCCGGCGACACAAAGAUUUUUUUUGCACUUUUGCGAUGGAGUCUGCGCAACCCAGACACCAUGGCGAUGCUGCACAUGCGCGGAGUACGGGGCAUUGUAGAACGCGUGGAGCAGAGGAGUGCGGUUCGCGUGCGUCUGUCGAUCCCGACAGUGACGCCGAAGGAGCAGACGAUUUCGCUUAUUCACUCUGUGGGAAGUACUCCUGCCUCUGUCACGGGCCUCUGCGUGCUUACAGAAGACGAUGCUCCGCGAUGCGUCGUUUUCACCGAAAACCGCUCCUUCAAAGUCGCCUUGACUCCGCCGUUCGAGGUGCUGUGCUGUAGCAGCACCGCUCCCGACUCGUGCAGAGGUGUGUAUGUCGAGAGUGAUAUGUCAAUUUGUGUACUUGGCGACCACGGGAAGGUCUUUGUGAUCAACAAGGACACCCUAAUGCUUACCCGGACAAUGUCCCCUCCGCCGCACCUUCUGGGCUCCACUCAGUUUCCUCUGUACAUUGGAGAUGGCGAGUACGUGUCAUCGUACUUUUUAGCUGGCGCUUCUACCGAAAAACAGGCCUGCUUUACCGGAAAUGAGGUGAGUGGAGCACUCACGCCGAGCACAAUCACCCUACCACGGACGUGCGACUCAUUGAGCAUUCAGUUCUACCUUUGCCCGGUCAUCGCGGGAACGGUGAAUGAAAUGACGCUGCUCCAUCUCACCACAGGGGGCAAGAACUGGCUUUCUGUGUCGGUCUCGCUGAAUCCUCUUACCUCCACCAUGGUGCUCACGUUCCGGCAUGGGCAGGACGCCGUCGCUGAGGUUCGAGAGUCACUGAGAGCCGAGUGGGCUCUUUGGAGCGCGUCGCUGACGUCCGCUAAUGACACGGCGUCGUGGAGUGUCUUCAAGAACGGCGUCCUGUGCGACACGCGCAGCCAAAGCGGCGCCUUGAUACAGCCCAGUGGUGCUGUUACUCCAAUCUUCUUCAAGGGCCGCUUGAACGCGUACCUAUCAACUCUGCAGCUGUGGAGUCGUGCGCAGAGCGUUGAUUGCGUGCGCAACUGCGCGCUGGAGCACACCCCGGAGAGCAAAUCGCAAUUCCUUGUGUUUUCGUUCUUGAUGGAUGAAGGACUCGGGCGCUCUUUCCACAGCCCGCAGACAGGCUACGUCUGGCAAGGUACCGGGGUUAUCUGGGACACCCCGCCGAGGCCGUUUCCGGUGAACCGGCACUCUCCACACAAGAUUCAGUGGAGGCCGUCCGGCAACUACUACAUUGUCACCAACCACUUUGAGUACGCCAUCAUCGAGCCACAGGCGACGACGUGGAUCGACCGCGACGGCCGUGUCGUGGAGCAGGCAGAGGGACUUCUGUCCGUCAGCGAGCGGCCUUUUUACAAUAUCACAGAUGGUUACUUUUUUCUGUCCACUCAAGAUACUGUGGGAAUUCGGUCUGUCAAGUCAAACUCACCGCCGGCAGCGUACUUGGAACAUCUGCCAUCGAUGGUGGUUGGCAAGCAAUUCUGCGCGCAGGUCGUGGGGAGCGUCAUGAGGCGCACCCCAAUUACGGCCAAGCAGUACCUAGAGUACCUGGUGCAUCGUAUCAAUCUGCACCUGCUUACCUACAGCGAUGAUCAGGGCAGCGGCCCCGUCCACCAUUCGUCAAGCCUGCGAGAAAAUCUCUCUGUUGUCGGUCGUCUCCUCGACUUGACCGAGUACUUGGUCUCCGGCAUCGAAAGCCGUGCGAAGGAAUGCCUGCGCCCUGAGCUGCUGCUUUGCCUUGUCGGCCGUGUGUUGAACAUUUACGUAAAGCUGUUUGAGCGACAGUGUCCUGGGCAGGUGGUGCGGUAUGUGGUGGACGCGCACAAGCGUCUGCAGAACUUGAACGCGAAGGUGAAGCAGGACGAGUUUCUCCAGGAGGCUGCCAGUGUGUUUGGCGACCUUAACCAGGUCAUUCUGGCCCGCUGCGUCAGCCACGAUUUUCAGCUAAAGCUGAUCACAGACAGCGCCAGCUUGAAGGAUGUACGCCAGCUGCUGCAGCUCGAGAGCCUCUCCCAGUUUGUCGCCUCCGUGAUCAAGAAGGACAUGAAGAGGAUGUUCAUGGCCUUUUUGCACCGCUUGAAGGAGGAGUGCCAGGAGGAGGCGACGUUCAUCUUCGACAGCAAGCCUCGCCAAAUCAAUGCAUCGGAGGCGAUGCUCAGCACCCUGCUGGGAAUGCUUUCGCAGCAAGGGCACUCGCAGUGGCACCUAGUCGCUGCUGCCCUGAUCAGCUCCCUCUGCAAGUGGAUCAUUCGUUGUUUUGAGGAGCGCUACCCGUCGGACACCGAGCGUUACGCCAACGUCGAUGUCCUCAAAGAAACCUCCAUCGGCAUUGUUCUCUUCCCCGUCGUGCACUACAUGUGUGAUAUGCAGCUUGACUCGUCCAUCGCCCCGGACGCGUUGAAGGCACUUAACGACGCGCGAAAGUGCUUGUCACGCUACAGCCUGGCGCCGGGUAAGACAGGGAAGAAGUUUGUCUCAUUCUCGGAGACGCAUUGCGUGACAUCGCCGCCUCAGCUGAAAGCGCCGUUCUAUGCCAGCCUCUCGCUACAGUACGCCAAGAGCAUCAAGGUAGAAUUCCUGGACUCCCCGGAAUUGGACCGCGCCUCUAGCACGGUGACCGUCUCGCUCGUCACGAACAACUGCCUGACCUCUGUCGACGUGCUGCAUCCGGGUCAAAACACCAUGUUCCUGGAGGGUGCGCAAGUUUCGAUUGUGUACGCCGCAGAAGCAACACCGGACUCCCCGGCCCCUGGCAUGGCACUGAACGUGCACACGGUAGUUGAGUUGGCAACGGAAAAGACGGACUGGGUGCGCGAUAUCUGUCUGGCGCUCAGCUACAUUAUUAUCCGGGUGACGCAGCAUAACCUGCACAACACCGCGCCGUCCGGCACCCCCAUCGGCAGAGACUCUUUUCUUCGCGGUGGCCUGUCGCCCAGCGUACAGAAGUGCAACAAGAUACCACUCUCCCCAGGGGACAAAGAGGAGUGCGCCGACCUGCAUGCUCAGCUGUGCGCGGUGGCAGAAGGGACGGACCCGUCGCUGACGGCUGCAUGGAGCGCCUUGUAUGAGAAAAGCCGCAUCCAGUAUUCCAAGCGGCUGGAGGGAAUCAUGCGAUGGGCGAGCUGCGCGCUUGCGUGGCAGACACUCUCCCUCCCCGCAGAGGACGAGAAGACCGUGGAGGAUCUGCUUUGCAGCAGUGUGAACGCUAUCAAGCGCAAGACAUUUUUGCUGCUCGAGGCGCUCCAGCAAGGGCGCGAGGAAGCGAUCGUAGGUCGGGCACGCUUUUUGCUAUUCAACAUAACCCCCCGUCUCUUUGGCGAGUGGCAGCUGAUCGAGCAUCAGCACACGGAAGAGCCGGUGACGACGGAGGCGGACCGUGGCUCUCGCCAGCUGUCGCGACUGGCCUACUCGGUUGGGAACCGGAGCCGGGCCACCGUGACAAGCUUCCAAAUGCCUACGACGCGCACGCUUGACUUCUCCAGUAACUAUCGUGGGUCACUGCUGAGCACGCGCAAGACGGCCUCACGGGCGUUGGAUGCGUCGCCGGUGAAUAUUUUCACCAAAACUUUGAGGAACGAGGAGGAGAGUUUGCCAAACAAGAUCAUCUACUACCUCAUCAACGGACUUGAGAAGUCGACCGAGGAUAUCUGUAAAGACAUGGUGCUCAAGACGCAGCAGGCGGUAUACCAGACGGAGGCGUACAAGCUGCAGGAGGACCUGUGCAAGUCGUUUGCAAACGACCGGGAGGUGCUGUCGGCCAUUUUAAUGACGCACUUGAAGUACCGGCUCGAGUUCUCUCAGUCCACAAUCGCCGCAGCGAGUGAGCAAGGUGAGGCGGCGAGAGAGGUGAGCGCCGGCUUUGACCAUCACUACACAGAGCAGAUGAUCGGCUGCGGUAUGGUGCGGGAGCUGGAGUUGCAGAAGGCGGUGUGCUCGUUUGUGCAGAACUCGCUGCGCUCCCUCUUGCACAAACUCGACGACACUCAGGACUUCCCGUACGUGGAGGCGGUGUACAUGUGCGCUACCCUGUGUCACCCCUGGGACGGUGUCGACAUGUCAACCCUGCAACCGCGAGAGAUCUUUGCCUUUCUCAAGAAGCUCUUCACAACCGCGUGCGAGCUGCGCCUCGAAUCUGCAAGCAGCGACGCCGACAAGUACUACGAGAGUCGUGGGCUCUUUGACCUUGCGCACCGCUGUCUGGUCAUUCCCAACGCAAUGCUGCAGACGUCUGUUGAGGGGGUUCACAUUGUUCAAAGUGAGGUGCAGGGGCUGCAUGUGGAAAACGUCAAUGUCGUGUUCAGCGCGCGAACGCACUGGAAGGCACACGGCGCGAACGUCAGGAUACCGGCAAAGUCAUGCGAGGCUGACUUCUACGCGAACUACGGGAUUCCGAAAGUGAUCAGCGAAUUUCCGGACGUGCAGUACUACGAGGUGGCUCUGGACUUUGCGCUGCAUCCGAGCAACCCGGAGCUAUCAAUGGGACUGAGCCUUGUGCCCCUCUCGCCCCUCGACCCUGUGCGGGCGGACUACGUGCUCUCACUCACCUCCACCGGUCGUGUCCACCGCCCAGAGAAGCAAGAUUACCAGCUGUGCACUCCGUGGAAGGUCGGCGACGUUGUCGGAUGCGGUCUCAUGGCCCCAUCAAACAGCGUCUUCUUCACGCUUAACGGCGAGUUUCUCGGCGUGGUGGCGGAGGUGCCGACCCUUUCCACGGUUAUCCCGUUUGUCAGCGUGCGCGGCGACGACACGCUUAUGAAGGUGAUUGUCAACUUCGGCGAAGAACAAUCGUUUCGUUUCGACUUGGCAUCUCUGCACUGCAGCUGCCGGCAUCGCUACCUCACUCCGAGUGUGGUGUGCGACACGGUCUUCAUCACGACCGACUACCUCGUCACCAUGUGCUACAAGGGACUGUCGCAGGGGGAAGACACCUCGGCGACGAGCGACGAAGCCAUCAGCGGCCUUCUCGAGAAGGCGACAGGGUUCCUCAGCUCGUCAACGAUGACACUCAUGGUGAAGCUGAACGCGUGCUCGCCAGGGCAGAGCAGCCGUAUCGAGCAGAUUGUCGUCUUGCUCUCACGCCUUCUCCACUGCGUUUCCAUCGUAAUCGAGUGCUUUCGCUACGACUCUGUCACCCGGCGCACGCACGCGACAGUUCUCCAGCUGUGCGCUGCCAUCCUCACGCGGUGCCGCGACAGGUGGCUCAAGGUGCGAGCCUCACAGUGUCUGGCAAUGCUGUGCAAAAUACUGCGUCCACAGUACCUGGUGGAGGCCUCGGAGGCGCUGCGGGGCCUCGUGUCCUUUGAGGAUAUUGUGCAACAGCUCGUCGAUCUCGCCCGCAUCAAAUUCAUCAAGGAGGUGGAGCCACCUAUGCAGCCGCCUCGCUGGGUUGGCGGCACCACGGUUGUGAAGGGCAAAGGCACCUUCUUUGGGUCUGUUCCGCUACCAAAGAAGGGCACGCAUCUCGUUGGAUUUCGCAUCAAGCGGCGACAGCAGCAGGUUCAGGGGCCGGGGGCCCCGCUGGGCGGGUGCUACUACCUCGGACUCGCUCACGGACAGCCGUCGAUUCCCAACAUGGGCAACUUAAUCAGCCGGAGUGACGUUUAUGUGUUGCAGGACACAGAUGACCAGGACCAGGUGGCGCAUCUUCUUCUGCGCAGGCACUGCAUCCCGCGCAACAGCCACCGCCGCGUCUACGGCAACGAUGAGGUGGUCUGGGUAGAGUUUAACGCGGACUACGGUGAAAUCGCCUUCUAUCGCGAGAACAUGGUCAUGAUCGGCCUCGCGUUUGCGAACAUUACCCAGGUUGACGACCUGUAUCCGAUUGCCUUUCUCUUCAAUGACGACGCCUCCUGCGAAAUCAUUGCGCCACCGUCCCUGACGGACGAGUCUGUCGAGCACUGGACGGAGAGCCUGCGCCGCAGCGCCGCGAUCGACACGCUGCAGGAGCUUCACGUAGUUCCUGGGUUUUCCGCGAUAAUCUCGCUCAUGGUGCAACGUUCUGUCUCGCAGCUCGAUAGUGGUCUGGACGCAUGUCUUGUGGCACUGGGGGUGCUGGGCGGGGAGCGAAGCUACCUCUACUGCCAACAUGAUACAUAUGGUAUGGUUGUCGUGCACGCGAUCGCCGAGGUUUCCGGGAAGGUGGUUGUGUUUCUCGCCAGCGACGAAGACAAGCGGCUGUUUUCCGUGCAACCGCAGGGACUGAAGCCGUCUUUUAUUCAAACGCCACUGUACCAGAGCAACGCGCCAGACGCGCACUCGUGUGCUGCACUGCUGUCGAGUGAGCUGUAUCGCAUCCUCUACGAGGCUUCCGCCGUGGCCCCGCUGUUACAAAGCGAAGGAGAGGCGCGACACAAGGUGGAGCGCCAGUACGAGAAGUCCCUCAGCAGCGCCAUCGCGAUAAACUUUAUCGGAAUUCUCACUGAGCAGCAGCUGAGGUCGUCUUCGCAGCUGGCGAGAGCCGCCUCAACCUCGCCGGAGACCAGCAUCUCGGAGUUUCCGUACCGCCGCUUCAACUCGAGCGUCGUUUUUUCGGGCCAGUCCGUGUCGGUCGACCUGCACUGUUCCACCAAAACGCUGUACGUGCCGAACCCUUCCAUCGCUGUCACCACCGCGGAGGGCUGCUCUGUCGUGCGCGGAAAUGUGCAGCUCGAUCAACGCUUCACCCUCGCCGUCUCCGUCACGCAGACUUCGACAAAUGAUCUCAUGUACGUCGGAUUCACCACCACGCGCAUGCGCUGGCCCGAAUCGCAGGACGAGGUCGCCAGCUGGGAAGACGCGUGGGUGCUCUGCAACCGAGACUCCGUCGCCACGAACAGCGUGAACUGCUGCAUGGAGCCGGGCAUCAUCUUUAGCGCGGCGAACAAGGUAUUCCAGAGUGGCGACGUACUCCUCAUGCGCGUCGAUCGGCAAGAGAGGACAGUGGCCUUCACGCGCGUACGGAACAGCGAACAGACUGACCUAGGCGUCUUGUUCGAGGGCAUCCCUGCCGCCUGUGACCUGCGGCCGAUGGUGGUGUGUGGUGAGGAAUCGGUCGUAGUGUUUUCCACACUCGACUCAUGUCUCUUCCCCUCACGGCUAACGUACCCGGUGAGCAACUUCAACAAUCCAUCGUGUGAGCGGGUGACAUGCAGUUCCUGCUCGCGGCGGAUGAUGCCGCCCUGGUACGGUAGCGAGGACAACGUGGCUCUUUGCGAGUGGUGCUUCAGCUUAUGGAAGCGACCAAAGGACAUGUUCUUUGUCGUGAGCACGACGCCGCGCACGAUUCCAGAGUACCUGGUCUCGGAUCACUGCCCUGAAAUGCUCGUAGCCGGCGAUUAUGUAGAGUUUGAGGAGAACACCGGGCUUCAGUGGUCGAACAUUCGAAGCGUGAACUUGGAGAUACUAGGGGGCACGUGCAUCGCGCUGAAUGAUGAGAGUUUUGCCUUCAGCGAGGAGCUGCCGCAGUUUGGGCAGCGCCGCGUCGAUGUCAGACUCAGCCACAUAGCUGGUGUUCCAGGCCACCCGUUCAGCGGCUUACACACCUUUACGCCGCUCUGGCGAGAUGGGCAGCAAAUCGGCCCCACGUGCAGCCUCCGCGGCGACUGCGUGGCGGUGAGUGCGACGAUGCUGCCCAUGGGUACAAAGUUGCUCCUUUGCUUCCAGAUUGAAAGCAACUCACGAAACACCCUCUUCUCCAUGACAGAAGUGUUUGUAGGGGUGACGAACCUGUCUGAUGUGCCGAGGCCAAUGAGCCGCGCGGACCUGGAGCAUCUGUGCGCGGCGAAGAGUGUGCGCGGUACAUGGUUCGACACAAGCGAGAAGGUGAGCAGCAGCGGUUACGUCAACAUGAUCGUGGAUUGUCUGAACAGCUCGGUAUUCUUCAGUUCCAGCCUCAGUGGUCUGCAGAGCAAGCCCUUCGUCAUCUCCGGCAGCAUGUCCGCUGAGGCCGACGAGGACAAUCUUCGCCUCCUCGUGUUUUCACACGAACCGUGCGUCGUACGCUUCUCGGAGGGACUUGUGUCCUUCAACGAAUGCGUUGAGCCGAGCUUUGCGCCGCUUGCGAUCGGCCUCUUUCCCGAAACGGGUGACGCCUUGUCGGUGGACACGUUUAACGAGGCGAUUGUGCUGAUGGACACUGUUGACCGCACACAGGCAUACACGAAAACAGAGUGGCGGUAUUCCCCACACCUGAACACGCUGGACAACGGCACACUCUUCUACAUUGGCGACACGGUGACGUUUUUCCACGAUGGAACGACAAUUCACGUGUACAUACAAGGAAUCGAGCUGGCAAGCCUUGAGCUGAGUGAUGCACAGCGAAGCGAGCGCUUGCGUGUCGUUGCAUACCUGUCCACGCGCGGCACGACAGCUACGAUCGUGCCUCCUCUUUACGGUACCUCCCACCUGGGCAAGAUCACGCGCGUGUGCAGCCCAGACGUGGCCGUUGUCGAAUCCGUAUCCGAACACGGGAAAAGCAGCACAUUCGCAAUCCACAAGUCUGCGGUGCGCUUCUGCGCGCUGGUGGCCGCGGCCGGCAGGGAGAAGCCAGGCCUGCGCGACGGCGACCCUGUCGCAUUUAAGAUCGGCGGGCUGCAGAUAUCCAAGCGUGGCACCAUCACUAGCGUGCAAGGCGCCGUCGUAAAUGUGUGCGAAAACAGCGACAAGCGCAACCUCAUUUCUGUCAGCAUGAACCAUUGUUUUCUUCUGCGAAACGAAGGCAAGCAGCACUACAACUAUGAGCGCUACCCUCUCAUCUCGCCUCCGACCAGCUCCAUCACGCGUGUCUUCGAGGUGGGUAAGAAGAAGUUUCGUCUACAGAGUCGUGGAUCGUACAACGGAAUCAUGUUUGACUGCAAGACAUCGGAGACGAUUGAACUGAUUGGCAUGUCCGUGCUGACGCGAGUCACCGGAUGCCAUCAGGUGCAGACCUACUUCCGAAGGGGUUCCAGUGUCAACCACGAGCGCGACGGACGAUCGUGGACGAUCAUCUUCGACGACAUGAUUGACAUGACUGCUGACCACCAAAUCAGCAUCCCAUUUUCUCCGAUCAUCGUGGAGGGCGGCACGACCUUUUCCUUUUACAUCAACACGUCGCACAACUGUGGCAUCGGCUUCUACUGCGAGGAGGAUGGCUGCAGCGGUGAGAUCGACCAGGAGCUGGACACGGACGGUACUCUUUCUGUGUACCUGGGACGGAAGAGCGGAAGCAGCGACCCGUUCACGGAGUUCAGUAUGUCACCGCGCGGGUUCUGCGGGACUAUUCAGUACCGCCAGAAUCACGGCUCCACCUUGCCGUCGGUUGAGGGCAAGCUCUUCUCCAGACCGUCUAUGGACGCGAACCUCUGCCACUGCAGCGAAUCGCUUUGCCUCAUCUGCCGCCCGACGACAACGUCAAAGGACACUGUCGUCACGUUCCGAGUACGCGUUUUCUCGCUCGCGGUGCGCAUCAUCUCGCUCAAGCUGCCUGUACUGCUGCUCAACCCAUCGGCGCGCGCUCCUCAGGGCAUCUCGCACUGCUCCAUCUCCAUGUUCUACACGCCAGAGGACCGUCUCGAGAGGCAGUGGAUUUGGAACUCACGGUUCUUGGUAGAAGGGGACACUUCUGAGGCUGUGCUGAACCUAGCGAGCCUGUCUCUGGAGCAAGGAACAUACACGUUCCAGGUGCUCCUGAAGAACAUCGAGAGCGAGGGCGUUGGCGCGCCGCCGCACCUGUGCCUACUCAGCAGCAGCGAUCCGUUGUACGAGCGCAAGAACGGCCUCAUUGCGGUGAGCGGGUUCUUUGGCGACGUGACGUGUGAGGCGAACAGGCCUGUACUGGAGGGUGAGCUACACACGAUGACCCCCGGAGCCCAUCUGAAUCAGAACAACUCGGCGUCCUACAACGGCAUCAUGUUCGACCUCCGCAGUAAGAAAGAGAUAACGCUGGAGCAAGUCUUCUGCAUCUCGCAGACCACGUCGGACUCCGUUACCGUGCGGAUUUUUUGGAGGGAGGGAAGCAUGGAGGGGGCGGAGAGGGCGCCGCACCAAUGGCGCGAGGUGGUAACCAAGGAAGUGGCGGUGGUGGAUAAACAUCCCUUCUCAGUCGGUCCGCUAAUGUUGCGCAUGCGCGCCAACCAAGUCUACUCGAUUUUCAUCAACACGUCGUCAAGCUGUGGCGUUCGCUUCUAUAACAGCAGCGACGGCCACGUCGGAGACAUCCGCGACGAGUUCGACAGUGACGGCAUCUUGUCCGUGUACGUUGGCCGGAAAAGCGAGUCGUCGUCCCCUUUCGUUGAGCUUCCACUCGAACCACGCGCUUUUCGUGGACGAAUCACAUACCGCACGUACGCACUACACAAUGCAGAGGCGAUGGAGUACGCCACAUUCCCGUACGUCCGCGGCUUCCUUGUCACUCGAAUGCUGGUGGCUCUGAUGUCGUACGUCGAGCUGUCUUGCGCUGGCCACUCUGGCAACUUCUCCUAUGGGCAGCUGCUCAAGACAACUUCUCUGCUCGCCACGUCACCAAUGGAUUCGCUAGCAGACUUGAUCGGUGCCGAGAACAUGCUUGCAUCCCUCAUCCGGGACUCGGGCGAGGUGCGCAACAUCAAUGUCACGAUCCCCAUCGCGGGAGGCCAGUGCAGCCUCCUGGUGCCACUAGCGAAGGGCGACAUUGCGUUGCUGACCGACCUGCAAAGCGCCGAGUCGAGCGCGCUUGUUCAGCUGCAGUCUGGCGUGCAGUCCGACGGGAUGGCUCUGGUGCGACACCGGGAUGCAUCUGUACCAUUCCGCGUACCUGCGAGGCGACUGCUGCCCAUCACGAAGUGCGUCAUGUGCGAUUGGAUGUACGCUCAGGGGAUGUGCGCCGCCUGCAACGCCGAACAUAUGCCCAUCCUCUCCGAGGAGGCGAGGGCAGUUGAGAUUGUUGCGAAUGGGCUGCAACAGACACGGCCGGGGGUAAGUAUUCAGGAGACGAUAGAGGCAGCGGUGGCUGCAGUGGGUAGCGCCUGUGGCAGGGACGGGAUGGUGAUGCCAGCUGACGGGGCAUCAAAGGACAGGCCGGAGGUCCAGGCGUCCAUGGCAUCGCACGGCGUUGGGUUCUCGAUUCCUGUUGCACUUCUGCUUAGUGAGGAGGAGUACAGCGAGGGUGGGGGCUUCGUGUGCCCGUUUGUGUUUCACCCGACUGUCGGCGCAGCAGUCUCGCUGCGUGUUUUGACAACGAACGAGGUGUUUUCCGUGCAGUUUGUCACCAGCGGCGCUGCUUCGGCGAUCGCGGAAGCGAUCGAGGAAGCCCCAGCCCGCUUUUUUCUCCUGCAGCUUUGGGGGGGCGACGGCGAGGUUAGACACCAACUCACCGAAGAGCCUGUUCCGUUUGUCGUUUGCCGCGGUGGAGAGUCGAACGUGCCACUGAUUGAAAACGUUCACGCUGGCUACGCUGCUAGUUUGCAGCGCGACGGGUUUGUGACGCUCUUCCUCAAGAUGGAGGCAUGCUCGCCGCUCCCACUGACGACGCCAGUGCUGGCGAAGGCAGACUGGUGGAUGUGGGAGCACAACUCCGUUGAGGCGCAGCUGUGUUCCACCAGAGCCACGUAUUUGAAGCGACUGUUCUCCUCUGUGGAGGGGGUGUCGGACUGGCCGCACUUCUCCGCCUUUAUGGUGACGGCGAAAGGCAAAGAGACAAUGAUUUUUCUUGAGCUUCACGUCACCGAGGUCCAGAGACAAAGCAUCUCCUCGUCGGGCGCGUUGGCGUACUUGACGCCGCCGCCGCUGCCUGUUCGGAUUCGCAAACCGUUUAACGUGCAGAGCGAUGAGGUGCUCACGAUGCGUGUGACAACAGAGGGUGACUUUUUCAUUUACGACACGAACGACAUCGUACGGUGCAGCGUUUCGAAGGAAGAACUGUACAGCGGCAAGCACCAGCGGCAGGUGCACAAGAUCGGCUUUGUGAGCGUUGACCCGGAGAAGGUGACGGCGCUUCUUUACGUACCGGACAAAACGCGGCGCAACCCCCGUGCCACCUUUGCGUCCGAUGCGAAGACGACCCUCUCCUCGUUGUCGCUGCUCCCCAAGACAUACUCGCCUACCUGGGUGAGGCUGGAUGCCAGCCGCAUCACCGUGAGCCGCAACGGCCUGACCGCGAGCUCCGUGAACGAGCUCGGCGGCGGCGACGCCGUGAUGGGGACGCCGCUGCCGGCGACAGGUGUGUGGUCCUUCGUUGUGCACAUUCACCGCAAGGACUCCCAACCAGGCACGCCGCUCGGCUCCGGGUUCUUUGCCGGGGUCGCCCUCUCCGACUUUGCUCAGUUUGCGCCAGAGUACUCCGCAAUCAAGACGUACGUUGGGUCGCUCUGGGUGGUGCAGGACGUCCAGGAUGAAGACUCGAUGCCGAAUCAGGAGCUACUGCCUCCUCUGAUGCGCGGCUCCUACGGCCAGGGAGUGCUGUUUUUCGACAGCACCAGGCUGUUGUUCAUCGUUGAUCGAAGCAACGGCACGCUUUCCAUCUCGCGCGACACCGAGUCGCCACAGGUGGUAUUUCAAGGCAUACCGCACGGCGCGUCCGUGUCGCCGUUUGUCCGGCUCGACCAUCCCAACUCCUCCGCCACGCUGGCGCGCUUCUCUAGCGCGGUGGAGUACGCACGGCUGCACCAGCCAUCGCUGGACAAGGUCCUCUGGUUGCAGCCGAUCACGCCGUCUCUUCUGCGCCGCUACCCACUUUUCAUGGUGACGCAGACCUUCCCGUUCAUCUCGGAGCUGGUGCGCAAGCUCCCCAUUCGUCUCGCCGGGGUAUUGGAGCGCUGCUGGGGCGAGCAGAUAGCACGGUCGCGUUUCGAGUACCGUGUCGCGCAGGCGUUGGAGGAGUUUACGGGGCUUGGUGCAUUUGCCCGCUCGCCGCCUGAGUUGAACGACGCCAAAGUGGAUGACAUUGUCGACUACCUUUCCCGGUCGGCUCGGAGGGAGGUGGUGGUGUUUCCCGCUUGCACGAGCCAGACAGCUGCACAGACGUCGCUACUCCACGACAACAUUGGUGUGCACGUGCGGUUGCCGCCAACGUACGAGCUUGUGGGACACGUGGAGGGGACAAAUAUGGUGCGCGUGCUUCACUUCGAUCGUGAGUUCGGCGCCGUUGAACGCACGCUGCAUCUCUUCUUUCUUGACGACGCGACACUAAAUCUUCACAGUACAAAUGACGUCUUGCCGCACCUGUCGGUGAUGCGCCAGCACGAAAUCCUACCAGCACUGAACAGGGCAGACGCCGUGGCUAUUAUGGCAGACGGAUGGUUUGAUUGCUCACUGGCGGACUAUGGCGCGGUGCUGAACGUAAAGGAAGAGGAGGAGAUUGCCUCCUCGCUGGUCUUCGCAUUGGAGCACUGGCACCUGCACCAGCUGCCUCAUGGUCACGUCCACCCGAGAAACGUCUACUUGCGUGUCGCGCAUGGGGAGGUGGUGCAAUGCUGCCUGUGGAACGUGCAUCAGCUGUCGCCGAAGAGCAAGUACGCUUCGCACGAGCUGCGCGACUCUGGCGUCCGCUCCUUGUUUGGUGACAGGUGGGCCUGCUGGCAAAUCUUGCUCUCUUUCCAGCACCUUCUCGCGCACGACCCCCGUGUCGCGGAGUGCGUCGAAUUGAUGGUGGACGAGGUCACCAGUAUAUCGCGCGCGCUGCAGCAGAGUGUGGCAUUUCAGGGCAGCUUAAGCGACAGCAGCGAGGGCCUGACGUUUUCUCUCCGCACGGGUUCGCGGCUGCGCGGUGGCUCUGGGUCGUACAACGGCAUCAUGUUCGACGUCGUCGCCAAGAACAACACCAUUUGCAUCACGAAGCUGUCAUUCAUACCAGAUGCAAACACGGUCGCGACGGUGCGGCUCUACACCCGCAGUGGGAGCUUCAUGGGCUUCGAACGCGAUGCCGAAGCGUGGACAAAGCUUUUUGAAGAGGAGAUGGCCUUGAAGGACACGUGGGAGGUGACGCUGGAGAACUUCGAGCCUAUCACAGUGCCAGGUGGCGCGCGGGUUGGAAUCUUCCUUCACACGACGAGCGGCAGUGGCGUGCUUUUCUUUUCCGAGAACGAAGGACUACAAGGCAAAACCGGGGACGUGGAGGAGGAGAAUGACGACAUUGGCAUUACGAUCGGCAAGAAGAGCGAGAGCGCCAAUCCCUUUGUCGCGGUGCAAAGCCAGAAGCGACUGCUGAAGGGCAGCAUCACCUACACUCUCCUCAUGCGAUCCAACGGACCGCGCAGCCGCCUCGUCUCCUGCUGUGAGCCCGUCCUCGGCGACGGCAAGGGAGAGGAGCAGGUCGAGCUGCGUUUGGUGCAAGUCAGCAGUGCGGCGGCAAAAGGCAAGUCGGAUUCGCAGACGCCGGGCGGCGGACGCGCUCUCAGCGGUGCUGAAAGCCGGCUCACCGCCACUGAGCCGCUGACGUCGUCCGGGUACUGCCUCCAGCUCCUCAGUGCACCAAAUACUCGGCGCGGCGGGUCUGACAAGGAUAACGUACUGACGCUUGUGGCGCCGAGCCAGUUCGUGUGGUGCCGCGCGUCCGACGUGAUCUCCGUCCGGCCGGGGCUCCUGCGAGAGGAGGCUGAGCCACUUGUUCGCUUCCUUGCCGCGGAGGGCCUGCGCAGACGUCGCACACUACUGCGACAGCACAACCUCAGCAGCCGCGUGUUCCCGUGCCGCCCAUUACAUUUUCUCCCCUUUCCUACCCAUGACAUGGAGACAGGAGCGCCAUCCUCGGUGUGCAGUGUAACGCACCCGGUUCUCAGUGGAGGUAGCGUGCUCAUCUCGGAGCCGAUAUCGUCCUCUUGCACCCUAUCGUUUUGGCAGAGGGCGGCCGGGGCGGCGUUGGUACUUGUUAUGGAUCAUAUCCCGACAGUGGAUGAGGUGACUCGGCGGGCGACGGCAUCGUCGUCCGACUCGCUGGUUGGAGCGAGCAGUUGUGGCGGAUUUGUGCACGUCGAUGACGAGCUUCGAUACGUGACGUCGACUCGAGAUCGCGUGCAUCUGCGGCUCCAAGCGUCCUUGUCGUGCCGCCCCGUCUUUGUUGUGGCGCGGCUACGAAUCGCCGGACACCGCGACUCGCAGCUAUUCGCCUACAGCAGUGCCAUGAACCAGGAGCUCUUCACCCCCGCAGCAGAUGGAUGCUUCUUCAUGACCGACCGCAAAGCCACACCGCCCGACGACAUGGCUGCUGUCGCGGCCACUUGGCACGCCUGCGGUGGCCUUAUAGCGCUGGAGGGGCGCGACGACGGUGGUGCUGGUGCAGAGUCCCUCGUUCGGCUCGAGUCGCUUGUCUCCAGUAGGGGUGAGGUGCGCUUUGUCUGCCUGCCUCGGUGCACAGGAGAGAGCGAAACGGUUGUGCAGGAGAAGUUGAAAGCCGGCGAGAUUCCACCGAACGUGGGGGUGCAGCACGCCAUCCCGCCAGCGCCACUCCUGAUUGAGGUGCGCGAGCAGGUAAAGUGGAAGUCGGUGCGGCACUUAGUCGAGUUUACGUGCCUAUCCUCGUCCCUUGCACUGUGCGGCGCGCGCGGGGCGUGGCAGGUGGCGGGUGGCAUCAACUGCAGCGGCGUCGUGUCGUCACCGCGCUUCACCACCGCGGAGCGGCAUCGUGUGCACCUGCGGCUGCAGUUUCCUCGCCGCAUGCCCAUGGACCUGCAGCUCGACUGCAAGAGCGGCUCGGCGAACCCGAUUCGGCUGCUGCACGGCUCCUACAAAUCCCUGCGCAGCCGUCUAUUCGAUCCUGCGGUGCGAGAGGUGUUUGUUUGCCUCGACAUCAACCUCCAGACGCGCGAGGUUGUCGUGCUGAGCAGCGACGGAACCGUCUACCACCCUUUCAUUGAGGAAAGCGUUCUUUCGUCUGACGUGCAGCUGGGUUUUGUGUCGCACGCUCCCGGAUCGGAGCUGGAUGUGCUGGAAUGGAGGAUUUGCUCCGCUCAAAUCCGUGGUGAGAUGACUGCGUCCGUGUUCAAGAGUGUGCUAGAGGAGACACCUCUGACAGAGCUUUCGGCGAACACAUCCUUGACGGUCGGUACCGUGUGCCGCCACUCGGCACGCGGCAUAUUUCCGUCAAACCACGAAGUAAACCUGUCCCCAGAGAAGCAGAUGGGAGUUCUCAUGGUGACGUACGCGAGAAUGCUGCUCGAGAAAACGCUUCUGUCUCAAGAGAAGGCACGGACGGCUGCGCAGCCGCAGUUUCUUCGACUUCUCUCGCUCACGGCGUUGCGCAAACACCCGGACAUUGCCCGCAUCCUGGAUGGUGAGAUUAAGCAAGGCUCUUUCCGGCUCAUCUCUCAGUGUGUGGCGCAAUUGUCAGCGCCGUUCCUGAUGCAGGUGUCGGCAGAGGUGGAUGCCAGCAUUAACGUGAUCGCGUCUUUGAUGCGGAAUGACGUUUUCCGACGCACCAUUCUGAACGCGUUCGGGAGCUCGCUUGUUCCUAUUCUGCUUAGGGCUGCGACGGUGUACACGCGUUCGACGCGGCACACGGCGCUCCACUGCGUGCAGGAGCUCUUGGCGGAUGCGCGCGUGCCGCUUCCGUCUCACCACGUGCUCUCCGCGCACCUCCGCCCGCUGACGGACAUGAUGGCAUCCCUGUGCCGGAGAGAGCGGAUGGGCUCGGCAGUGGUGCAAACCGGUGUGACACUCAUCGCCGACUUGAUCGAGCGCUACCAGCGUGAGGGGCCGGAGCGCCCGUACCGAGAUGUUCCCACGGAGAUACCGUACAAGCUGGUCUGUUGCGCCCGCGAGAUCGUGCGUGCGAUCACUCAUGACCCGCCACUGCCCUUUCCUUCCGCCAUGGUGGCGGAGGUGAGUUCGCAGCACACGAUGCGGUGCGAGGUCAUCAAGCGUGUGAUCGCCGCCGAAAACAGGACCUGCGCGAUCGGCGUCUUCAAGGAGGAGGGCCGGCACCCGGAUAGCAGUAUGUCCUUUACGGUAAGGGUGAACGGCAACCGGCGCGGCUCCGUCGUGGUUGGCUGGAACGCGGCGACGCCGCGGCAGCAGCAGGAGUCGCUGCCGUGCUUCGGCUACUUCGUAGAUGGGCGCACGGGGGCAGUGUUUCUCUGCUAUAACCACACCAAGUCCAUGAAAGGCCUCGCUCUCCGCGUCAACGCUGGCGACGAGCUGAUAACGAGCGCCAACUACAGGGACCACAAGAUCACCUUCGAGCUCAAGUGUGCCGGUAUUACAGUAGGGGAGACCAAGUUCGACACGGAGCGGGAGGUCGUUGGGUUACCUUUCUUCUGCGCCGAGUACUGUGACGACGCCACAGUGGACCUCAAGUCAUUUCAUCCAGGACCGCAGACGCUCUCUGUAUCCCGCCUCUACGAGCAGAUUCUCCGGGCUCCGUACGAGCAAGACGAGACGCCGGCGCAGUCGUAUGAGUUUUACGCGGAGCUGAACCUGUUUGCGCAGACCGUUCUGAACGUGCACAGCAGCGCCGACAUCGUCUCGCUCACGACGCGCGAGACGACUGUGACGAGUCACGACCUGGCUAGCUUCAUGCAGGUGUCAUCGGCGCUGAAUGCCGGCGCCUUUGCCGACAGGGUGGCGCUUGCCCCACUCACGCCGUACCUCGUGCGCCUAAAGAAGCUAGACGAGCUGACGGCCGAGUUUGCUCCGCUCAUCAACCUGCGCCGACGUACGGAGCUGUUCGAUAUUUUCGGCGUCCUCAAGAACCUCUGCUCCCGCGAGACGGAGGAGCAGAUUCAGACGCGCAUUAUGGCACCCUUCCAGAACAUGCAGGGCAAGAAGGUCUCCGUGACGAUCCACACGAUGCAGGCACAGCCCACGAGCUCCACCGGCCCAUUCCAGACACUCAUGCGCUCGGUGUUCGGGCAGCUCUAUCUGCAGCUGCAGCAGGCCACAAUCGACAUCUUUUAUGUGUCGCCCAUCUUCACUGUGAAGCUCGCCGGUUUCGGCUCCACGGACGCCGGUGGCCCUUACCGUGAUGUCCUAUCUCAGCUCGCCACGGAGAUCAUGACGACGCACCCCAGCAAGCAGUGCCAGCUGAACCCGCUCUUUGUGAACUGCGGGCGCGGCGACGUGACGGCGAUUAUGCCGAAUGUUGCACUGAUGAAGAGCGCGCAGAUACCCCUCAUGUUGGAGUUUUUUGGGAAGCUGCUCGCGUCGCUUUUCCUCACACAAGAUGUGCUGGCGGUGGAGCUGCCUCCUCUCUUCUGGAAGCUGUUGCUGGGCGAGGAGGCCACCAUCAAGGACCUGGCCGCGUUCGACGCGGACAUUGCUAAGCUUCUCCAGCCGGAGGAGCUGAUGAUGCGAACCCACGAGGAACUGGAGGAGCGCUUCCCUGGUAUCACAGAGGUGUGGAAGGCCAUUGUGGAUGACAACCAGCAGUUCCUCUUCGACGAGAAUCUUCCACCGGAAACCCUGGACGGUGCUCGGCUGCUUUCUCGCCGCAUCAUGGUGAGCGAAAUCCGCCGCUUUGAGGAGGCGAUCGGCUACAUCCAGCACGGGUUUGACCAAGUCCUCCCGCUGUACACUCUGCACGCCUAUCGGUGGCAGAAGGUGGAGCUGCUCAUCUGCGGAACUCCAAAGCUCACCUUUGCGGAUUUCUACAGCAAGUGCGAUAUCCAGCUCUCUACCGCGGAUGCGAACAUGUUUUUGUCCGUCCUCGAAGGCAUGACGGACGAGGAUCGUACCCUGCUCCUUCGCUUCACCACCGGCCAGUCGCGCCUUCCCCUCAAGACGAAGAUCAAGGUGACCCACAACGGAAACAAGGAUACACUUCCAACGAGCAGCACCUGCUUUUUCGCCCUUCGCCUCCCCUCCUACUCAUCUGCGGAAAAGAUGAAGGACCGUCUCUUGUACGCUGUGCGACAGUGCAAGGCGAUCGACGCGGACGGUCAGGCACGCGAACAUCUCAUCAUCGAUUGA